CACAUCUACCUAGUUAAGAGUGCCAUUUACGCACGUUGAACGAGACAGUCGGUGCUUGAUUGCUUUAGUCUGAUGCAAACAUGGCAGAUUCAGAGGAUAACGUUUCAUUUCUUCAUUUGAAAUCCCUUCUGCAAAUGGAUCCUUACCUUAAACCAUUUGAAAAGGACUUACACAGGAGGCAUGGACUGUUUGAGAAGCAGCUCGCACUACUCGAGGAGGCCGAAGGAGGCUUUGAUAAGUUUACACGCAGCUACGAGAGUUACGGCGUACAGCGGAUGCCAGACAAUAGUCUUUUCUUCAAGGAGUGGGCACCGGCCGCCGAGGCCUUGUUCCUAACUGGAGACUUCAAUAGCUGGAAUAAAUUUUCACAUCCCUAUACUAAAAAGGAGUAUGGGAAGUGGGAGCUACACAUCCCCCCAAAAGAGGACGCGACACCUGCUGUCACCCAUAACACCAAGAUGAAGGUGGUUGUUCACACCAAAGCAGGCGAGCGGCUGUACCGAAUCUCACCUUGGGCAAAGUAUGUGACCAAGCAGGAGUCCGUCAUCUAUGAUUGGGUACAUUGGGACCCUCCUCAACCUUACAUUCACAAGUACCCUCGUCCACAGAAGCCCAGGAGCUUACGGAUCUAUGAGUCCCAUGUUGGCAUUGCUUCUCCAGAGGGAAAAGUGGCAACUUACAGCAACUUUACACACAACGUGCUGCCCAAGAUAAAAGAACUUGGAUAUAACUGUAUUCAGCUGAUGGCGAUCAUGGAACAUGCGUAUUACGCUUGCUUCGGAUAUCAGGUCACAAGCUACUUCGCUGCAUCGAGUCGUUACGGCACCCCAGAGGAGCUUAAGGAGCUGAUUGACGUGGCUCACUCUCUGGGCAUCAUCGUCCUGCUGGAUGUGGUACACAGCCACGCAUCCAAAAACACGGAGGAUGGGCUAAACCGCUUUGACGGCUCUGACUCGUGUUUCUUCCACAGUGGGCCCCGUGGAGAACACAGCCUCUGGGACAGCAGACUCUUCAACUACUCGAGCUGGGAGGUGUUGCGUUUUCUCCUGUCCAACUUGCGCUGGUGGAUGGAGGAGUACAGAUUUGAUGGAUUCAGGUUUGAUGGGGUGACGUCUAUGUUGUAUCAUCAUCAUGGAAUCGGAUCAGGAUUUUCAGGAGAUUAUGCUGAAUACUUUGGACUUCAUGUAGAUGACGACUCGCUGGUCUACAUCAUGCUGGCAAACCAUAUGCUACACACCCUCUAUCAGGACUGCAUCACUAUUGCAGAGGAUGUGUCCGGUAUGCCUGCCCUUUGCUUUCCAAUCCAGAAAGGAGGUCUCGGUUUUGACUAUCGUCUGGCAAUGGCCAUUCCUGACAAAUGGAUUCAGAUCCUCAAGGAAUUCAAAGAUGAAGAUUGGAACAUAGAAAACAUUGUGUACACAAUGACCAACAGACGAUACGGCGAGAAAUGCAUCGCUUACGCCGAGAGCCACGACCAGGCCCUGGUGGGUGACAAAACUCUUGCCUUCUGGCUGAUGGACAAGGAGAUGUACACCAACAUGAGCACCAUGAUUCCCAUGAACUCUAUCAUUGAUCGGGGGAUUCAGCUACACAAGAUGAUCCGGCUGCUUACUCAUGGACUUGGAGGGGAGGGAUAUCUCAACUUCAUGGGUAAUGAGUUUGGUCAUCCAGAAUGGCUGGAUUUUCCACGAGUCGGCAACAAUGAGAGUUACCAUUACGCCCGCAGACAGUUCAACCUUGUGGAAACAGAUCAUCUGCGAUAUCGGCAGCUGUACGUUUUCGACCGGGACAUGAACCACACAGAGGACAAGUAUGGCUGGCUGGCUGCUCCCCCGGCUUAUGUCAGCGCCAAGCACGAGGAAGACAAGGUGAUCGUCUUCGAGAGGGGUAAUGUCCUCUUCAUCUUCAACUUCCACCCCACCAAAAGCUACAGCAGCUAUAGAGUUGCUUUGGGGCCGGCAGGGAAAUACAAGAUCAAACUGGACUCAGAUGAAAUUCAUUAUGGAGGCCAUGGCAGACUGGACCACAACACAGAUUUCUUCACUGAGCCAAUGGCAUUCAACGGUCAACCCAACUCUAUGCUGGUUUACAUUCCCUGCAGAACCGCGAUUGUUUUGGCCAACGAGGAAAUUGAUUACUGCAACUGAAACACAAUCAGCGAAUCGCCACAAGAUGGAAAUCCAGCACACUUCUUCCACCCAACCACCUUACUUCACAGUGUGUUCACCAUCUUCCUUUACAAAACCAAUGCUUUUCCUGUGAACUGCCACCAAAUUAAUUUAGUUAAAAAUGUUGUAAAAGCAUAAAAUUCUGGUUCUGUAACUUUCCCUUUUACAGUAAUUAAAUCUGUAUUGUUCACAACAUACACGUAAAAUUAUUGAUGAAAUAUUAAGAAUUGGGGUCCCACUUUGUUUUAGUGUUCAUGUUACUGUGUAAUUACAUAGGUAAUUAAUGAGUAAUAUGACCUACGUGACAUUGUGUCAUUAUUUUAUGAAGCUGCUUGUACUUGCAUAUUGUUAUUGUUAUUACUAUAGUAAUUAAUAGUUACAUGUAUAGUAGUAAUAUUAACAUGUAAUCUGUAACAUGGACACUGUAAAAUAAAGUGUUACCAGAAUUGCUUAUAAAAAUUCCAUAGCUUAUAACAAAUUUUUGCAUCUGUCUGUGCUGUUUUUCAAUUAUUUUUCUAUGUAAACACAUGCUAGCCGACGUCUUUGACUGCUGCGCCACAUCUCGCUGUUGCAUCUGCUGUUUUUCAGCAUCUUAUCCAGGAUUGCCAUAGUUUUUAGAUGGCAUGUCAAGUUAAAAUGAACUUUUAAAAACGUAUUAAUUCUGUUAUAUUUGUUGUGCUGCGUCUUUUUUAGCGCAAGAGCGCAUUCGGUCUGAAUGGCCCCAUUAGUCAUCAAACCCCAUACUACUUUAACUGGAUAUGUAAAACACUCAUGUUUCAAUUGGCUAAAUUGUGUUGUUCAAAAACAAUCACUAUUAUUAAUAAAACCAACCAUGACUGCCUAUCAGCUGGGAUAGGCUCCAGCCCCCCGCGACCCUGUACACAGGAUAAGCGGUUGACGAUGGAUGGAUGGAUGGAUGACUGCCUAUCCCACAGCUUCGCUUUUAGCUUCAGAGUAAAUUUGUGGAGUAACUAUAUAUCUAGAUUAUCAACUGUUGCUUAAUGAAGAAAGCAUCUUGAACUGGUUCGUAAAUUACUACUGAAAUUACUGUUUAAUGGUACAAAACUGAAUGUAUUAUUUGGGUGAAAUGUUAGUAUUACUCAAUGCAAGGUUGACUUUGGUCAGUAUUAGAAGCAAUACAGUAUAUGUCAACAUAGUAUGUAUAUUACCAAAAAAACAUUGAAAGGUAAAAGUAAUUCAUUUACAUGGGUGUGAUCUGGCUACUGUUUAAUUUUAAUAUGAAACAAGCACUUUUUGACAUUCUGUGUCUUUGAUUUAAGAUAUUCUGUAUAAAAAUUGAUGUGCACCAUGUGUUAAAUAGUCUUUAAAACAAAUACUUAAGAUGUCUUGAUUACUUGUCGUUUUCAUGCAGAUUUCGUCAAUUUUGGAUUAUAAUCCAAGGAUGCAAGAAAGUUAAAAUAUAUAUUUUUAAUACAUUUAAUCUCACUGUGUAAAAUCAUAAGAGAUAAAUUGUGCUUUUUCUGACAAGCUGUGUUAUUCAGUGCCUUUAAAACAUUUCGCUCACAGCCAGGUUUUGAUGAAUAGUAUUUACACUUGAUAAAGUAGAGAUGAGAUCGCAUGUAUUACUAACACCCUGUCUACACCGGACACGAGCAGCGCAUCUACACUGAUGCUGUCUUCACCUGAAGUGUCCGUUGCGGUGCAUCCGUCAUGCCAACAGUAAAUGAGUGUCCAGUUCCACUUUGCGCUGCACGCGCUGGCACUACUACUGCCAACAGCACAAAUAAACGGUUUAGAACUGUGUUGACGUGUACAGUGUAAACAGCCUCAAGCCAUCGUCUCGUCACAUCAACAGACGUGCCCGGUGUAGACAGGGUGUGAGACAAUUGUGAAGAAAAUCGGAAAGAGAACUGUUUUAGGACACCUUACAUCUUGUAAACAUCUUUAAGAAUGUUAUAUUUUCAUAUAUUUAGGGCAGGAAACAGUUUGCAUUGUCAAAAUGCUGAUUUAUUAUUUCUUCAUCAACAGCAGCCUUUAUUGCCCCCAUAGAGAACCGAAAGUAAGCAUUAUUUAUUAUUAUAAUCCUUCUCAAGGCACCUUAAGAAACACCUGUUACUCUCCAUGCCCCCUAUAGAGGCGUGGCUCUUCAUUUUUGUUGUUGUGGGAUUUGAAGAAGUGUAAAUUGUCCCAAGAAAGCUGGAUGCUUAGCAGCAAUUAGCCUCCUAAUCUGUCCUGAAGAGAAAUAGCUUUCCAGAGCCUCUUGAACGUUCAAAUGUUGAAAGUUCAUCCUCAAUGCUUAUUUUACAAAAUUUUUGUGAUUCAAAAAUAUAGCAGCUACUUUCAAUUGAACGGAAAUUGAAACGUUUGUGUCGUUCCAAUAAAUUGUUCAAAAGGAUUAACAUAACUGCCCCAAUCGAUUCAAUCACGGCUAAGUUUGAAUCACUUGGACAGCUAAUGGCUCCUACAUACUACACGACUUUCAAAGACGGUUGGAUUGUGGUACCGUUCAUAUUACAAAACUGUCUGUCUUGUCACUGAAGUGAACAAAUCGGUGACAGGGUUAAGACAUUUUACUAUUGACGAAUCCCCGACGACUCUGCCUGGACUCCAAAUUACGUUUCACGCCAGAGUACACGCGAGAAGUAAUACGAGAUACGAAAACAAAUGCAUGAUCAUAUGUUAUGCAUUUCAGUAUAUGAUGUGUAUGUUUUUAACCGCCUCAAGUUAUCAUAUAUUUAAUUUGGUUACAAUAUGAAAAAGUAGCUCCAACUGAAAAAUCUAUCUAUUUGUUUACCAGACUAUCCAAGAGAAUUGGCAGUUUCUCUCCAACUCUUCUCUUUCUCCACCCGGUUGUGAUACAGUUCAGAGGAAACAUCAAAUAGGCACUAGUGCUCGUGCCAAUGUUCCACUAAUUUUUCCUCCAUUUCUUCAGUCCAAUUGAUAUCCCAGCCAUGCUCGUUGAUGUUCUGUUAGAGGUACGUCAGGACUCCUCCCUCUGAAACUUCCCAUGCCCUGUUUCUUGCUCUCUCAUUGGCUGUUGGUCAAUGCUGCUGUUGUAUUCAGUAAAAACAUAUUUCACACUGCAUGAUUUGGAGUUGCAGACAGGUCCAGAUAUUUAACAUUCUAGACAUCAGCGACGUGUCAGCGAUUCUCUCAAAUCGCAUCUUUGAUAGUUCAUACAUUGGGAUUGUUGCUCAUGGGAGUGAGCUCUGAUUUGCCCACGAUUUCAGGCUUUUGUCGACGAUCUCCACAAAACUGUUGGUAAGCGAAAAUCGGCUUAAAAUCAUGUAGUGUAAACUCUGCAUAACUCUGGAUUGAUUGAUUGAUUGGACCCAUUUCUGCUUCAAUAAAACAGAAACAGGACGGUACUUUCUCAAAAAAUAGCACUGGAUGAAAUGAAAUAUGUUCAGUGGCUAUAGAAACCAAUCAUACCCCUUUUGAAUAGUCACUUUUUUCUUACAGCAUGAAACCAAAACCCAUAAACAAUUUUAAUUCUUGCUUUUUUUUUAUUUUGCCUUCCAACAUUCAAGUAGCGAAAAAUAGUCAACCGUUACAAAAAUGUAUAAAAGUAAAAUCUGAAUAAAAGGGUUUGAAAAGUGAUCAUACCCCUGGAUUUAAUACUUUGUAGAGCUACCUUUUGUUUUAAUGACAGCCAUCUUGUGUGGUUUAAUAUUAAAACUUUUUAUUGUCAUCAUGACCCAUUUUAUGUCAAAGUCCCACUGUUCUUAACAGUCUAGACCUAUUCCUUGUUGUGGUCACCACAAGUGUUUGUGUGUAAUGUUAAAAACUGUGCCAUUUGGUUUGAAACACUGUGUAUGAAACAGAAAUAAAGCACUA